AUGGCUAGACCCAUCUUCAUCCUUCUGUUUACAGUCUCAUUGGUUCCACUGAUCCAUGGCUCGGGUCAGGGUGCGGCCCAUCUGUGUCGAGCCUACUGUGGCAACAUAACCGUCGAUUACCCAUUUGCUCUUCAAUCCGGAUGUGGCCAUCCGAGCUAUCGAGACCUCUUGUUUUGCUUCAAUGAUGUUCUUAUGUUCCACAUUAGCUCGGGUUCAUACCGGGUUCUAACCAUCGACUACGCGUAUCGGUCAAUGACCCUACACGACCCGCAUUUGUCGACGUGUGACUCGAUCGUGCUCGGCGGUCGGGGAAAUGGGUUCGUGGUGGAACAUUGGCGAACACCUUAUCUGAGCCCGACUCCAGAUAAUGUGUUCAUGUUGUUGGGUUGUUCAGCUCAAUCGCCGUUGUUCCAAGGGUUCCCGACUUCGAAGCAUAUGCCAUGUAGAAACGUUUCGGGAAUGGGGUGCCGGGAGUAUUACGGUUGCGAGGGUUGGACCAGUGUUGGACUGGCUCGUGGGGGUUUGGGUUAUGGGUCCGGACCACCGGUUUGCUGUGGGUUAGAUUUCGAGGCAAUUAAGGGUGUGAAUCUUAGUAAGUUGGAGUGCCAAGGGUACAGUAGUGCGUAUACGCUAGCACCAUUACGAGUUAGCGGUCCAUCGGAGUGGAGAUACGGGAUACGAGUGAAGUUUGCCGUGGAGGUCAGUAACGAUUCGUUUUGUAAAGCUUGCGAGGCCACGGGCGGAUCUUGUGGGCACGAUGUCGAAAGGUUUGGUCCGUUGUGUAUUUGUGGGAGUUGGAAUUCGACCUCAAAUUGCGAUUCAAUUAUCAAAUUAUCAGUCGGAGGAACCUCGCCGCCAGCAGAUAAAUUAUUAGGAUUAUUGAUUGCAGCAUCUGCUUUCUGGUUUACGUCUUUUCGAAAUUGACAACUCCGUCUCGACUGAAUUGGAAAUCGAGGUUAUCAAAAGGAAUCAACC